AUGUCUUCCGUAACCACCGUUGAGAAGAACCCGGCCUUCGUCCUUCGUGCAAUCAAGGAUGUCGCAUUUGAGGACCGCGAAGUACCAAAGCUACGCGACGAGCAUGAAGUCCGCGUCCAUGUUGCGCAGACAGGAAUAUGCGGCAGCGAUGUACACUACUGGCAGCGCGGCCGCAUCGGCGACUUCGUCCUGAACAGCCCAAUCAUCCUUGGGCAUGAGAGUUCUGGGACAGUCGUAGAGGUUGGCUCAGCCGUCAAGAACCUCCAAGUGGGAGAUCGCGUCGCCAUUGAACCUGGUGUGCCUUGCAGACGAUGCGACUACUGCCGAUCUGGCUCCUACAACCUUUGUAACGAUACCAUCUUUGCCGCCACGCCACCUUGGGAUGGAACACUUGCAAAGUACUACACUGUUGCCAGUGAUUACUGUUACAAGAUUCCCGACCACAUGAACAUGGAAGAAGCAGCAAUGGUCGAGCCAGUCUCCGUCGCAGUCCAGAUCUGUAAGGUUGCGGAUUUGCGCGCGAACCAGACGGUGGUCGUCUUCGGCGCGGGGCCCAUCGGAGUACUGUCGCAGGCAGUCGCAAAAGCUUCAGGCGCGAAGAAAGUCAUUGCUGUCGACAUCUCCCAGGCAAGACUGGAUUUUGCCAAAGCAUAUGCGGCAGAUGGCGUGUUUCUACCUCCGAGAGCAAAGGAAGGAGCUGACCCCGUCGCGCAUUCGGAGAGUAUCGCUGCGGCCAUCAAAGAGCAAUUCAAUCUGGGCGAGGGUGCAGACAUCGUCCUGGAAUGCACAGGUGCCGAACCGUGUAUACAGGCCGGCAUCAACGUGGCGAAGAAGGGCGGCACCUAUGUCCAGGCGGGGAUGGGCAGGGAAAACGUUGUUUUCCCCAUCACGACGGCUUGUAUCCGUGCUUUGACCAUCAAGGGCUCAAUCCGCUACUCGGUUGGCUGCUACCCCAAUGCGAUAGACUUGGUGGCCUCAGGCAAGGUGGAUGUGAAGAAACUCAUCACGAACAGGUUCAAGUUCGAGGAUGCCGAGAAAGCUUUCGAGCUAGUGAAGGCUGCGCAGGAGGGCGUUUUCAAGGUCAUCAUAGAGGGCGUGCAAUAA